CCCUUCGGCCCUCCAUCUCUCUCUCUCUCUCUCUCUCUCUCUCUCAGACAUCUUUUUCACUCUCUAGAUCUCUUCAGUCUUGAUAUUAUCAGCUCAUUUUCUCAGUUUAAUUUGUGAGAGAGGCUACUUCCCAACAAACAUAUACAUACAUAUACAUACAUACAUACAUACAUAUAUAUAUAUAUAUAUAUAUGUCUGAACUCGGAAAUAUAUAUAUGUGUGCAUGCGCUCUCGUGAGAUGAGAGCAAUAUGAUGGCGGCAAUAAGAAGUUGAUCUUUUGGCCGGCAGGCCGGAGAUGGGGAAGAAAGGAAGCGGCUGGUUCUCCUCCGUCAAGAAAGUUUUCAAACAAUCUACUAAGGACUCGCCUGACAAAAAGAAGGAAAUCGGUGAGAAAUGCCAGCACGAUGCAGCAGAAGUGGUGUCAUUUGAGCAUUUUCUGGCAGAGAGCUCACCGGACGUCACGAACGAUGAGAGAACCAUUGAGUCGUCAACUCCUCUGAAUAAUGAUCGUCAAGAUAGAAGCCAUGCCAUUGCUGUUGCUGUGGCAACUGCUGCUGCUGCUGAAGCUGCUGUUGCCGCAGCACGGGCCGCCACUAAAGUUGUCCGAUUGGCCGGUUACGGGCGUCACUCUAGGGAAGAAAGAGCUGCAAUCUUCAUUCAGUCAUAUUAUAGAGGAUACCUAGCUCGUCGCGCGCUACGUGCGUUGAAGGGAUUGGUGAGGUUGCAAGCAUUGGUGAGAGGGUAUAACGUACGAAAGCAAGCGCAAAUGACAAUGCGAUGCAUGCAGGCAUUAGUGCGUGUGCAAACAAGAGUACGAGCUCGAAGACUCGAAUUAACCAAAGACAAGCAUCACAAGAAGGAUCGUGAUCAGAAAGACGAAGAAGAAGAAAGAAGAGCAUUAAUGGAGGAGGAAGAGCAAAAGCUCAAGAGUCCUCUUAGAAAAUAUGAAAUGCAAAAUACGAAUAGGACUAGGCAUCAAAGGCAUCAAAGUUUCAAGGAAAAUGAUGCUGUGGUGCAAAGAGAGAGGGCUCUCGCUUAUGCUUAUAGUUAUCAUAGACAACAACAACUUCUACAAUCCAUUCCUGAUGGACCUGAAUUUGGGCUUGAAUCCAAUAUGCCUGAUAAGGCCCAAUGGGGAUGGAAUUGGCUCGAGCAAUGGAUGUCAUCACAACCCUACCAAGACUGCCACUCAAGCACUCGAGAUACCUCUUACAAAACACCCAUCACCACUACAACUACAAGAAAUAACUUGUAUGAGAAGAGAGUUGAAAUGGACACUGCCGCACCUUCAAGCUCGCCUCACGUCAAUAUGAGCCCACUCAAUCCAGACAUGAUUGAUUCAUACGCGUAUCCAACCCGACAACGCCGCCAACAAGGGUCGAAUAACGUCCCUAGUUACAUGUCCCCGACCCAAUCUGCCAAGGCUAAGGUUCGGGGCCAAGGCUUGGGCAAGCAGUGUAGCCCGGCAACUCCUCAAUGGAACCCUUCAACAAGGAAGGGGUCGGUUGUUGGGUCGAGCUGCUAUUCGCCGAGCUCGGGUGGAGGUACAGCAAACUACCUGAUCCCGAGUAGCCCAAGAAGCCCAGGCCCGAAAAGUAAUGGUCCGCGUGGGCAUGCUAGGGGGGCUGUGGGCUUUGGGCCUGAUUCACCCCAUGGUGAGGAUUGGGACCUGCCGCUUGGUGUUCAUGGUUGGAGACAUACUUUCGGUUAGGUGCAAGUUAAUUUGGUGUGACAUAAAUUUUCCAUUUGCAAGACAUUUUUUGCUUAUGAUGUAUGAACAAACAUCGUAUUAUUUAUUUUAUGGCCAUGGAUCCACGAGGUUUUGUAUUAAUUAUAUAUAUAUAUAUAUAUAUUGUGAAAUAUUAUAUAAAAUUAUGUCACUGUGUCUCAUGAUAUGUAUUUUUUUUGAAAAAAAAAGAGAGAAAAUCUUAUACAAAUUUAUUCUU